CGGUUGGGGUGACAGUCCUCCCACCAGUGGCUACCGGUUAGCCUGCUUGGAAGCUGUUGUCUGCGCCCCUCCCCUUUGACGAUGAUGAUGAUGAUGAUGAUGAUGAUGCGUACCAGUUUGGGACGUUACUAGACGGCGCGUUUGUGUAUCGAAACUGAAUAACCGAAUCCCCCUUACGUUUAUAUUGAGGAUUUAUGUUUGAGACUCAGCUCCGGUACAUGACGAAGAGGGUUCGGUGGGUCCGGAAUGAUCCACGACGACCCACGGGAGAAGGAGCAGCACCGAGACGGGAGUAAUCCAUGUGGAGGAGCCCAAAUAGGGAGAUGAAGAGCGCCAUGGCUUUGACGAAAACAGCUUUAUUCGUGUGUCUGCACUAUUUGCUCCAGCAUGCCACCUGCCGUGAGGUAACCCUUCCCAAGGGACCCUUGUACCGCGUGGCCGGCUUCAACCUCUCCCUGCCCUGCUCCGUCUCCGGCUACGAAGGCCCGUCCAAGCAAGAUUUCGAGUGGUCCUUGUUCAGGGACGACUCUGGCGGAAGGAAGCUUGGAGUGGUAGCCACCAACGACAACAGCUUCCCCUAUGCCCAGUUCCAAUCCCGCGUGGCAAACGGAGAGGUCAGGGUGGAGCGGGACUCGGGGGACAAAGUCCGGCUGGUGGUCCAAAAGCUGCGCACGGAAGACCAGGGGGAAUAUGAGUGCUACACACCCAGCACGGACAGCAAAUAUCUGGGCAGCUACGCUGGAACUGCUGUUGUUAAAGUAAUCCGUGACACGCUCCAGAUCAGCUAUUCCCGCUCCCUCACCAGCCAGCCCGUACCGGAGGGCGCAGAAUUGACUCUGACAUGCUCGGCCAGCAUCGGCUCAGAGCAGCUCACCCACCUGUCCGUCACCUUUGGGAAGCGAGGUGGCUCGAGUGGCAGCAUGGAGAUCAUCUCCAUUGACAAGAUGUUGGGGGUUGUGCCGGGAGGCGCCUACAGGAAGCGCUACGACGACGGAGAGAUCACACUGGAGAAGCGCAACGGGGAUGGUGGCCAGGGCGUCUACGUGAUGAAGAUGAGAGCGCUGCAGCCCGACGACAAUGGGGCGUACUACUGUGAGGCUGCACAGUGGAUCCGGGACCCGGAUCGCACCUGGCAGAAGAUUGCACACAGGACGCUGGACAUUGGCAACCUGACCGUCAGACCACUCUCUGAAUCUCUGAGCGUGGAGUCGUCGCCCAAAGGUGAGGUGACCCUGCAGGUGGGUUCACCUAUGCUCCUGAGCUGCCAGCUCAACGGGAUGCCCUGGGACGUGGACUCGGGCCUGCUGAUUCAGUGGAUGAAGACGAACUCGGCGGGGGGUGUGGAGGUGGAGGUGGCCCGGAUGAGCCCAAACGGAGUCGUGAGCUGGGGCGACGACCUCAGCAGAGCCAGCGGAGGCUCAAUGGAGAAAGCGGCGCAGGGGAAAUACACCCUCAAGUUGUUCUCCGCCCGUCCCUCCGACUCAGGCGUGUAUAGCUGUAUGGCGAGCGUGUACACCGGGAGGAGGAGUCCUGCUCCUUCAGCUGCCGCCACGCUCACUCGGAGGUCUGAGGGUGUUACGGUCAAUCUGAAGAGCAAAGAUGUUCUGGUGUCCGCCUGGUCUCAGCUCCCCCGAGGCCCGCUCCUAAGGCGAGGAAGCACCAUCACCCUCAUCUGCAACGUCACCGUGACGACCACAGGCCCCGCCCAGGCUCAGGUGCAGUGGUGGCGACGGCCCCUCCCGCAAUUGCUGAACAGGAAGCGUGACGCCGGCCCGACGGAAGCCCCCGUGGAGGUGACCCCUACAUUGGUAGCCGCCCUCAUGUACGACGGCGUGGUCAGGGUCUACAACGGCAGCAGCGAGGUCAGCGUGGACCGCCUGUCUGCCGUCAGCUACCGCCUGAGGGUCCACUCAGCCUCCGACGAGGACCAGGGCAUGUACACCUGCCACGCUGAGGCCUGGAGCCAGGACCCCCACGGAGGAUGGUACAACACCGGCACCAGAGCCGAGUCCAACGCGGUCACCGUCUACUUGUACGCUCGAGCUGCCGACCUCCUCCUCAUCCCCCUUGUGGUGGGUGUGUCCUCCGCCUUGUUCGUGGGCAUCGUCAUCAUCGCCACGGUGACCUGCUGCUUCAUGAAGCGUCUGUCGAGGCGUGCUCGCAAGUAGAGCGCCAUGUCGGCUCAGGGCAAGACUUGAACGUGAAGACGAUGUUUUCAACCGGAUGAACUUCUCACCGGUCGGCCGAGGCCAAACCUUUUAUUUUAUUUUUUUUUAUGUGUUUUAUUUUUGUACUUGCCACCAAACACGAGCUCACAAGGAGAGACUACAGUUUCUAUUGAUCCAAAAUGGUCUUUCCAAACCAUAUGACUGUCACAUGACCGCUGAAUGGAGCUUUCGUCUUCAGAGUAGUACUACAUAAGGAGUACUACAUACUGACUGCUCCUACUGAUACUAUGCUGUGGUACUUCAAGAACUAGGUAUGAAAUGCACUGAGCUAAAGUGUGUAAAUAUUACUAUUCUGCAAACCUGUCUUGUUCCUGGAACUAAAACCACUUAUUUCCUGCCCAUCUCUUUACUCAACUGCAGAGAGUAGCAGAUGUUUGACUGUAUGUAGUUCACAUUAAAAGCUCACCAGUUCAUGUCUAUUGAAUUUCCAGUUUCUGGCGGGAUUGUGGAAGUGUUUGAAGUCUUGCGACACGGCUGUAAGACCAUGCUGAUUUGUCCUAGGCUGCAUUCAUAUGAUUUAUUAAUUUUUUUUUAACCAAAAAUGUCAAUGUUUUUUUGUCUUUGCUGAAUUUACAGGCGAGUUCCACACAGUUCUGCUGCUAUGCUAUUUAUGACACAGCUAAAGUGGAAACGCUAGCUAGUGAACUGUCCCAUAGCGCUAAAUUCCACCUGCUCAUAUUUUCCCGAAGCCACUUUUUGAGGAAAUAUUGUAGUUUCCUGUUGUUUACUUGACUUUUUGUGUGUAUUUUUUACAGGUGCGUCCUUUACUGCCAACAACAGUGCUGUGACCAAACAA